AAUAUUACUCGUGACAUUCCAUUGGGUCGCCUGUCUUCCGCGCGCCUCGCCGAAUUCAUUAUAGAUAUUCUGAAACCAGUAGUAUCAUCGUCUAAAUGUUUCGGAUAUCCUAUGGACAUUACUCCAGUUGCCAUUGAACGGUCAACCGCUCUGCAUUCAUUGUUAUCACAUGGACCCGUUCUUUUACUUACGGGUCCUCAUUUAUCUUUGCUUGGAAAUACUGAGGAAGAUUUGUACCUGCUUCGAUCGCUUCAACUGGCUUACACCUCAUGCGCAAACAAUGCUUUCACCACAGUUCAACAGAACAAUUCGGGUAGUUUGCGCACAAUGGGCAAGGAGGCGCAUAAAUUACUCCAUGCAAUGGCUUUCGAGGCACGAAAACAUCGUCUUCAGACGGCUUCAGUUUGCCCUCACUGGAUGCGAAAAAUCAGUAUCUUUCUUGGAGCAUCACCCACGCAGAUAUGUGGUAUCAAAGAGGACAAUCCACCCGGUUCAAAGGGCACGGAAUCUGUCGAUGAAGACAAACGGAACUCGCUAAUGCGGGCGAUGGAUGAGAUUCAAUCGUUGUUAACAAACAGUUCAACGCGCGAAGCGGUAACGCACACAGCGUUCGAAUUGCUGCGCAAGCUGUCUGCUCAUGAACCUCCGCGAUCUUCAGCAACCAGAUCUACAGACAGUGCUCUCACGGUGGAAUACAUGCAGUUGACUUGCUGCCGUUGGCUCCAUCUACAUGUUCAAUCUGCUUAUAAGCCCCUGAUUCCGAACGAUAUAGAUGCUCCCGGUCUUCUGUUGCACGAGACUUCCAGGACGAGUGGAGUACCACCGACUUCCGUAGCCGAUCGGCUGGCUUGCAAAACCAACCGAACGCUACAGUUCCACACUCUAGAUUCGCAUCUGAAUCCCACCUUGGCAUGGGAAUUAGCGGGCUAUGACAGCCAAUCACAGUUACAGAAAAUUGGUGCGGCGAUUGUGGACCAACAGUAUCACAGCUCCAGUUUGAGGCCGUGGCGUCGACAUCCGCGACCAACGAAGCCUUCUUCUAAGCAUCCGAAUCUCAUUUCAAUUCACACCGCAAAACAAUUAAAGAAGUUGUUAGAUGCUCGAACCCAUAUCCAGUCGAGUGGAGAACACGAUCGUGUGAUACCCAAAGUGAAUUCCAGUCUUGUGCUUCUCUACUACUCUCGCAGUUGUGGUUUUUCCACUCAAGGCGACAGUCUGUUGUGGCAUUUCGAAUCAGCGGCUCGAAAUCUUGUUACGAAUCCAGCUGUUGUAUUUGCCAGAGUCGAUGUGUCUUCGGUUGAACUUCCUUGGGAACUUCGAGUCGCACGAAUUCCCUCCGUGAUAGUGUUUCCGGGACUGCAAUCUACGUACUCCUCAGUAUUUCCUCUUGCUGCAAGCAUGGAUGAUCUUUCCAGCAGUUUAACGCAAUUCGUUCUCGCUCAUUCAAAAGAUCACACAGUUGUGGAUUCUGCUUCCAGUUUUGCCAGUCCCCAUGCAUUCUCUUUCCGAGCUCGUGAAGCUCUGCUGAGUGUCCUCAAUCCAUUCACCCAGCGACUGGCCGGUUUCACAAUGGAACACAUUCAUAAACAUUGUGAUAUGCAUAUGGCCGUAGCUGUACGCAGUCUGUGCCGUGGUGGUGUCAGAUUAGCUAUCAACGCUCACCGAAAUCGCCUACUCCAUGCACAAAUGGUAGCAAGUGGUUUGAUGCAACGUAUUGAGGGUCAACUAAAUACGAUCAACUCACAAUUGAUGUCCAUGGCCACCAGACUAUAUGCCUCUCGAAUUCACUUUGAUCGCCUCUCGUCUCUAAUGAAGGUGUAUUCGGAUUUGUGGGUGACAAUCCGAUCGUAUCAAUUAGCCAUACAGACCACACAACGAUUCCUGUCCUCUGGGACGUUAUCGUGA